AUGCUGGACUCGACAAUAGUAUCUGCAGUAUCAGACCUCGGGGUCGUAAACCCGUUGUUUGAUGCACGCCGGGAGCAGCCACCCACUCAGAUAGUAACGGAACCGUCCUUCAUCGGCGAAGCGGCAUGUGAUGCCUUUAUCGAGAGACUCCUGCAGUCGCUCAGUCACAGAGAAGCAAACUCACUUCCGGCUCCACACAAAUACAUCAUCAAUGUUCCUGGUGGACGUAUGCCCGCCAUUAACUAUACCUUACCCGAAAGAGUCCACGCCAAACUCCUGAUCCAGGUGGCCGCGAGGUUCAUUGGAAAUGGCCAGCAUUUAUUUUUAACCUCGUAUAUGGAAGAGGUUGACAGCGUCUACAAGAAAGAUGCUGAACCUAGCCCUAUAUGGUUGUGCAAGUUGUUGGCACUGCUCGCUCUUGGUGAGUUGUACUCGAAUAGGCGACGCGGUAACGGUGACAAUAGAGCACCAGGGGAAGAAUACUUCGUAUCUGCUUUGAGUAUUUUACAUGAUCAAUAUGAAGAUACCACAACUCUACAUGUUGAGGUUCAUCUCCUGCUCGCCUGUUACUCCAAUGCGCUGGGUCGCGUUAGAUCUGCCUAUACUUAUUCGGGUAUUGGGGUGAGAAUCGCUCUAAGCCUCGGCAUGCAUCGAUCAUCAUCCUCUGUACAUACAAGUCCUGUUGAGCGCGAGUCCCGGCGGCGAAUAUGGUGGUCUCUUUAUCUUUUUGACCGAUUGACUUGCUCCAAGCUUGGCCAGCCAACUGCUGUGAACGACGAUGACAUUGAUGUGGAACUGCCGACGAUGGAAGGUCUGACAACGGAAGAGAAAGAGGAGUUCCCAGAUCCAGGUCAUUUGUUCGCGAGCGUUGGCCUUGCAAAGAUAGCAGGAAACAUAUUGAGUGAUAUAUAUUGUAUGCCAGGACGAAAGAAGACGCAUUUUGUGAAGAGGGUCCAAGGUAUUCUGAGGAACCUUCGAGACUGGGAUGACACGUUACCCCAACAUCUCACACUCCGCUGGGACGAUUCGAACCGUCAUGUUGCCAGUCUCCAUCUCUGCUACAACCAGUGCAUAAUCCACACAACACGACCGAUUCUACUACACUUAUUCCGGGCGCAGUUCUGCCUAGAUGGCUCCCGCACUGCAGACCAGCCGUCGCAGAGCUUCUCGCCGACGACAACCGCGUUGGCCGAUAGCUGCAUGAACGCGGCACGUACAAACAACCGGAUCCUGUCCAAACUAUUUGUGGACGGCACACUGGCCACUCUGGGGUACUGGGAUGCGCACUACCUUUUCUCCUCCACCCUGAUUCUCCUCAUGGCUGCUGUCAUGAGUCCCAGUCAGUCUACCUCCGACGCAGUUGACACAGCCCUCAGUGUGCUCUGCUCUAUGCGUGAUGAUGGCAACGUCCCUGCAACCGAUUACUACGAACGUCUUGCACUGGUACAGAAAGCAAUCGCUGAGCUGGGGCAUGACGUGAAGAAGGGGAGAGAGAUUGUGCCCAUCAUCACUGCUACGCAGACUACUCAGGUAAUGAGUACGGAGCUUGAAAGGGCACGGAUAGAGGAAGGUGGCUGGGUUGCACAGAAUAGUGAUGUUGUUGAUGCAAUGGGAGGAGAAAGUCGAGGUGGAGGUGGUGUUGGUAUCGAGAAUUUCAGGCUAGAAGACAAUUUUGACGCGCUGGCCAAUCCUUAUAUUGAUGGCUUCUUAGCUGAGAAGUCUUUUACAUGGCCGAAUGCUUUCCCGGGUGGAACUACUUUACAGCAAUUUGCCAAUGAACUUGGCGUUAGCUUUGGGCUGCUUGAGCCUCAUGGAUAG